AUGACCGAAGUUCCUAACCAAAAACAUAACGAUGGUGGUGUUGGGGUCACCGUCGGUAAUUUUGUCAAAGAUAACGAAACUAAUGUUAACAACAACAAUAACAUUAAUGGCAAAGGAGAAAAUGAUAAUAACAACAACAACAACAAUAAUACUAUAAUAGAUGAACCAAAAUUAUUAAAUAACAAUAAUAAUAAUAUUUUAGUUAUACCUUUAACAACAAAUAUAAUAGAUAAUGAACUAAAUCAACAAAAACAACAUACACUACCACUACCAUUACCACCACCACCACUACCAACACAACCACAACAAAUAACACCACCAUUACCUACUCAAACACAAUUACCAAAUAAUAUGUUACCAUCACCAAGACCUAUUCAACAACCAAAGAUUAGGCAACAAACUCAACAACAACAAGCGCAAAUGCAACAACUACAACUUCAAAUACAACAGGAAAUUCAAUUACAAUUACAACAACAACAGCAACAACAACUUCAACUUCAACAAAAACAAAAUGAAAGUGAAAUAAAUGGAUUGUUUUCACCAAAUUUUUCAUCCUCUUCUUCAUCUUCAUUAUCAACAACUCCAAAUAUGCACUCACCUUUAUUUAAUAAUAAUAAUAAUAAUAAUACUACUACUACUACUACUACCACCACAACCACUACCAAUUCAUCAACAAAUAAUACAAACAGUUCAACACAAACAAAGAAUGCAUCGACUAAUAAAAUUAGUCAAGAUGUUAUUGGUGUUUUCGAUGAUACAGAUACAGAAUCCGAAGGUGAAGAAUAUCAUUCAGGAAGGAGUAUUGAUUUUUGGAAUAAAGAUUAUAAAGAUAUAGCGUGGAGAUGUAAUUGGAUAGAUUUACAAAUUAGAGAUUUACAAUACCAAAGUAUGGUUUGUGAUCAAUUAUAUCAUAAAGUUAGAAGAUCAAAACAAAAGAUAAUACCUGAUAAUAAAUCUUUGUCAUCUUCAAUUGAUAAUAAUAAUAAUAAUAAUUUAAAAUCAAUACCAAUUGAAACAAUUGAUCAUUCAAAUAAUGCAAUCACUUCUUCAAAUAUACCAUAUUCAAAUAACGAGGAAGAACAACAAGAACAACAACAACAUCCAUCACAAUCAAUACGUACAACUUCAGUUGUCAAAUUAAGAAAACCUAGAAAAUUAAUAAGAAGACCAACUGUAAAAUUAUCAGCAAAACAAAUGACAACUGAUUUGGAAGCUCAUCCUUUAUUCACUUUUCAUAAAGGUUAUUUUAAAUUUGAAAAUGCAAUAAAAACCAAUAUUAUUAAUGAGAUGGAAAUAAAAUAUCAAGAAAAAGAGAAACCACCAAAAUUAUUAACAUUAAGUGAAGAAAGAUUAAAACAAUAUAUAAAUUCAAAUGAAGAUGUUGAUGUGGUGAACUUAUUUGCAACUAAUGAAAGUAAAAGAUUAAGUGAAAAAAGAAGAGGUAGAAUACCUUCUGAUAAAAAAGAAAAAGUUAGUUCACACCGUUUGAAAUCAGGUGAUGAAAUUGAUGGUACAUCAUCAUCAACAGCAACAGCAACUACAGCAACUACAACAACUACAACAACAACAACAACAACAACAACUAAUAAAAAAUCAAGACGUAGUAGAAGAGAAAAGAAAAAAGAAAAAGAAAGAGAAAAACAAGAAAAAGAAAAACAUAUAAAAACUAAAGAUGAACAAAAAGAUAGAGAAAAAAAAGAAAAAGCAAGAGAAAAAGAAUUGGAAAAAGAAAGAAAAAGAGAAAAAGAAAGAAUUAAAGAAAAAGAGAGACAAGAGAAAGAGAGAUUAAAAAAAGAAAAAGAAUUGGAAAAAAAUAAAAAAAAAGAAAAGAAAUUAUUAAAAGAAAAAGAAAAAGAAAUUAAAGAAAAAAAAGUAAAAUUAAAAAAUCAAGAAAAUAUUAUUGAAAAAGAUUUAACUAUUAAUAAUACUACUACUAAAACUACAAAAUCAAAGAAAUCUUCAAGCAAAGUAAAGAAAUCUGAACAAGAAGGAGUGAAACUUGAAAAUGUUGAAAUUGAAGAUGAAGAAGUUGAAGAGGAAGAAGAAGAAGAAGAAGAAGUUGAGGAUGAAGAGGAAGAGGAAGAGGAGGAGGAGGAAGAAGAAGAGGAAGAAGAAGAAGAGAUCGAAGAAGUGGAGGAUAAUGAAGAAGAAAAAAGAAAGGAAGAGAGAAGAAGGAGAAGGAGAAAGAGAAGAAUAUUACGACGUCGUAAGAAAUUACGUAGAAAACAGAGAAAGCGACAAUUAUUUUUACAAAAACAGCAACAACAGCAACUUUUACAACAACAGCAACAACAACAACAACAAAAACUUCUUCAACAACUUAAAAAAAGAGAUGAAUCUAAUGGUUUAAGUUAUAAAGAGAUUAUUACACCAGAAUGGAGAGAUAUUUCAUCAUUUGCAAAUAAUGAUCCAUCAUUACCAUCACCAUUAUUACUCUCAAAUCCACUUUUAGCUCAAGAUAUUAAAAAUAUAACAACAACAACAACAACAAUAACAACAUCUGAACCAAUUUCAAAAUUUUCAACAAUAACAGAAGAAGAAUUACUUAUUAGACAAACAACAAAUGGUAUUGAUGGUACACCAAUGAAUGGAAUUGGAGAGGAUAGUGAAAGUAGUGGAUCUGAAAUUGAACUAGAUGAAGAUGCAAUGAAAAUCAUUCAUGCUAGAAAUGAAAUUGAGGAAAAGAGAAGAUUCUUUAAUACAAUUAAACAAAUUCAAAUGGAAAAUCCAGUUCCAUCAUAUAAAAGAAAGAAGGAAUCUUUACCUGUAGAAUUUGUAGCACCAACCGUUGAAGAGCUUUUACCAUCAUAUCAUUUCAAUAAGAAAUCAAUUAAAUUAUUGGGUAAAUCUUGGAAUGGUGAUUUCGAAUAUUAUUCUUCAAGUGAUGAAGAUGAUUAUGAUGACAGCGAUGAUUAUGAUAGUGAUGAUGAUAAUGAUGAUGAAGAUGACGAUGACUCUGAUAGUGAUGAUGAAGAUGAAAGUGAUAGUGAUGAUUACGAUAGUGAAUAUGAUUCGGAUCUUAGUGACUCUGAUGAUAGUGAAUCAGAAUCAUCAGAUAAUGAACUUGAUGGUCUCUAUUCUUCUGAAUCUGAAAUCAAUCACAAUAGUAGUGGAGAUGAGGAUGAAAUGGAUGUAGAAUUGAAUAAUCAUCAUAUUCCUUCUAAAAAUAGUAAAAAUAGUAAAAAACAACCUGUAAAUAAUAAUGUUAAUAAUAGUAAUAAUUUAAAUGGAAGUAGUGGAGGUGGUAAAAUUAAUUCAAAACCAUCAAAACAACAACCAAGAAAUUCAAAAGCAAACCCACCAUCAAAACAACAACCAACACCAUUAAAACAACAACCAACACCAUUAAAACAACAACCAACACCAUUAAAACAAACAACAACACCUUCAAAAGCAACACCAUCACCAAAACAACAAUCACAACAACAACAACAACAACAACAACAACAACAACAACAACCACAACAACCACAGCAACCACAACAACAACAACAACAAUCACCAAAACCAACACCACCAUUAGUAUCAACAACACCACCAUUAUCAUCUGUUCCAUUAUCACCACCAACAAAAACAAUUAGAUCAACAAGAGGUGUUUCAAGUCUUUCAAAUUCUACAUCAUCUUUACCAAAACAAACUAAUACACCACCAAUUUCAAUUCUUAGUAGAAAGAGAAACCAAUCACAAUCAUCUGUUACUGAUGCACCUUUAUCACCAACAACUACUGCCACCACCACCACCUCACCAAAACCAACUACAAGAAGAAAGGGUAAACUUCAAGAAACUAUACCUGUUGAGGAAACAAAAAUAAUUGAAGAAACUAAACCUUUUGAAGAAACAGUACCAAUAAAGGAAAACUCAACUACAACACCUUUAAAAAGAACUAGAAGACAAACAAAACAACAGCUUGUUAAUGGAGAAACAACAACUCCAUUAACAAAUGGUGAUAAUCAUGUCGAAAAAACAGAUUCAAAUUCAACAGAUGUAAAAGUUGAUCCAACUUCAUGGUGGGGUGAUAAACAAUAUAAAAUUCAACCUGUAAUGGAAGCGACUGUAAUUAGAUUUAAAAGAGUAAAAAAUGAUGACGGUGACGAUGAUGAUCAAAUUCAAAAUAAUCAAAAAAAUAAUAAUAAUAAUAAUAAUAAUAAUAAUAAUAAUAAUAAUAAUAAUAAUAAUAAUAAUAAUAAUAAUAAUAAUAAUAAUAAUAAUAAUAAUAAUAAUAAUAAUAAUAAUAAUAAUAAUAAUAAUAAUAAUAAUAAUAAUAAUAAUAAUAAUAAUAAUAAUAAUAAUAAUAUAAAUAAUAUAAAUAAUACAGAGGAUUUAGAAUCAAAAAUUAAAGAAACAAAAUCAAUAAAUAUUCCAAUGGAAAUAAGUACUAAUGGUAAUGAUUUUCAAAUGAAAGAAAAAGAAGGUGAAUAA